UGCUUCAAGAAUGAUAUUGAAUCUACAGACUUCUGCUUGACGGAGCACCCGAAGGUGGAGAAUGCGAACGUGACAUACGUCAGAUGGGAUGGGAGAUACCCAGCCUCAAGCGGGGCCAAGGUACUCUUCCACUGUGACGAGGACUUCACAGAUGGGAAGAAAGAGCACUGGGCCACUUGCUCUGACUCCCCCGAUUCAUGAUCCCCGUUUCAGCUGUCGAAUACAAUAUUGCCAAGAUCAAAGAACGAGGCACUGUGGAGAACAGGCGCCGUAGUGGCCGACCCCAGCAAGAUCACCGUCUCCGGAGACAAGGCACUCGGCAAGAGGAUUCGACGAUACCAUGAGACAACUGCGAAAGAACUGACGCAAAAGUUGCUUCAGGACCGAGUGUACCCAGAUUGUAAGAAGACGGAGAAGGGAAAGGAAUACAUUGGUAAAAUCGAGAAGACUAAGACGGGAAAGGACUGCCUUCGAUGGGAUCAACGGCCGUACAGGACACCCAAGGAUUUUUCACCUGUAAUGCGCUAUGGGGAGCAUUUCCUCAACGAGGACGUGGAAGUAUCUGAAAACUAUUGCAGGAAUCCAGCAUUGAGGGAGAGGCCUUGGUGUUUCGUCUCGGACCCCAACGUCAUUUGGGAAUUCUGCGACAUUCCCCUAUGCAAAGACAUAAUGUACCCAGAUUGUAAGAAGACGGAGAAGGGAAAGGAAUACAUUGGUAAAAUCGAGAAGACUAAGACGGGAAAGGACUGCCUUCGAUGGGAUCAACGGCCGUACAGGACACCCAAGGAUUUUUCACCUGUAAUGCGCUAUGGGGAGCAUUUCCUCAACGAGGACGUGGAAGUAUCUGAAAACUAUUGCAGGAAUCCAGCAUUGAGGGAGAGGCCUUGGUGUUUCGUCUCGGACCCCAACGUCAUUUGGGAAUUCUGCGACAUUCCCCUAUGCAAAGACAUAAUUCCGCUGGAGUGCAAACUGACGCAAAAGGGUGGAGAAUACGUGGGGAAGAAGAGCAGUACCAUUGCGGGGACUAAAUGCCUGCCUUGGCUUAGUGCUCCUAUGGAAACUCAAUACCGGGCGUGGAGCGAGAGACUCCCUGCAUUCUCGGAUGAUGUGGAUAAAAAUCACAAUUAUUGCAGAAAUCCUGGCGGUCGUCCAGGGGGUCCUUGGUGCUACGAUGGAGAAUAUCAGAAAGCUGGUUGGAACUACUGCGACGUUCCUUUUUGCCAACUGCAGGGGAAAGUAGCUGAUGAGAAUCAGGAGACAACUUUGACCUUUCCCUAUUGUCGGCUCACUGAAAUGGGCAAGGAAUACAUGGGCAUGGUCAGGACGAGCGAAACAGGAAAACCAUGUAUGAAAUGGAAUGAUUUCUCCGAUAUGACGACAUUCCCAGAUAUAAUGAUGAAGAUCCUCCCGCUGACGGUAGAUUCCAAGGAAAUGAAAAAAUACAGGAAUUUCUUCACUGAAGAUCCCAAGAGCCACAUUAAUUUCUGUCGAAAUCCUGGAUGGGGGCAGAGACCAUGGUGUUUUGUGUCAAAGUAUCCAGCUGUCAAAUGGGAAUACUGUGACAUACCCUUCUGCAAAGACCGGGCUCCGCUUGAGUGCAUGCUGACGACGAAAGGCUGGGAUUACAUGGGGAAGAAGAAUGUCUCAUCCAGGGGGUUGCCCUGUGAACCGUGGUUGAAAUACUUGGCUGACAAUUCCAAAGGAGAGAACGACAUCCAUUUGUUCCCGGAUCCCGUGGACAGCAGGCACAACUUCUGUCGUAGUCUGUAUGAUGUCUGGAACACACACUGCUUUGUUCUCCAGGAUGGCAGACUUAGAAUGGACUUCUGUUCCGUCCCCUACUGUUACGAGAUUCUAGAAUCCAUCAGCACGACCCCGCCAGAGUGCAAGCUGACCGAAUGGGGUUGGGAUUACGCAGGGAGGAAGAACCAGACCAUAGGGGGCUUGCCAUGCCUUCCGUGGAGCGCUGCCGGUGGCUACCAACCGGAGUUCAGUGAGGUGGAGAACGAUUUUCCUGAAUAUGCAGGUGCAGAAGAUCACAACUACUGCCGGUCCAAUAAUUCCGAAAUUUCCGGAAUUCACAUUCAAGGUCCUUAUUGUCACGUGCCUGUUGAAUCGGAGUUGAAGCUCUUUGGGAGCAUUAACGUCGAUAUCUGCGGUGUCCCCUUCUGUCCCCUGAAAUCCCAACCGACCGAUUGA